UAUUUUUUUUUUUGAGGGGGGUUGAGACUGGGGAUUGUCUAUGCGUGGGCUGUAGAGAACCUGAAAGGCUUGGGGUCGGAGCCAUGGUACAGCCAUUAAGGCGCUUUGUAUGUAGCUGACCAGGGUUCUACCCCAGCCUCCCAUAUGGCCCCUCCAACUCCACCUGCGAGCAAUCCCUAAGCGCAGAGCCAGGAGUAAGUCCUGAGCACAAUAGAGUGGAAGCCCCCCUAUCCCUGACCCGCCCCCCUGAAGGACAGAUCUUGGCUGUACAUGAGAUGGUUUGGACUUCUAGUGCCUUAGCUGGUAGCUUCUGCGGGGCUGGGGCUGAGGAAUUAUGAAUUGUCUACUCUGGGACUUUCUAUGGUUCCCUGAACUGGUGAGCUGACACCUCUGCUUUAGGGUUAUGGGGGAACCCUUUGUAAAUAUGCCCUUUAAUAAAAUUAGGGGACUGGAGGUGCAAUUCGCCAUCCCGGCACCCUCUGCAGGUUCUAACAAAGGUGGGGCCUGGGGUGGCCUCCCUGUCUCAAGCCUGGCACCUUGGGGGAGGGGGUGUGGCCACAGGCCAGACAUAGCUGCCCUAGGGGUCAACUUUUAGUUCUGAGGGGGUGACCCCUGGAGGGCCCCAGGGUCAGACCUUCGAGCCACUGUUGCAUGGGGCUUUGCCUGUCUGGGUCUCAGGCUGGGGGUGAGGAGCAAGCAAGCCUGCAAGCUGACCUUGGUCCAGUAGCCUGGGGAAGUGGAGACCCCAAAGCAGCAGACAAGUCAUGGGGUCGGGGCAGAGACAUGUAGCCCCCUGGACUCGGCAGUGGAGACUGGGAGCAUAAACAGGAGACCAGAACAGGUGGGACCCAGGGAAGCAGGAGGGGGUUACAUUGUAUUAAAAUCACUUGUUUAUCUGGGGUACAACUAGGCCCAUGCCCCCUGGGGGGCCUGGUCUCCAGACUCCUGGGAACCCCUCCUCCCGCCCACCACACUGGUGCCCUUUGGCCCCUCUCACACACAAUAGAAGCUCCCACCUGUGGCUGCAGGCGCUUUGGACAAACUACCCGGAAAUGGAAAGAAGCACUCCACCCCCUCAUCCCCUGCUUUCUCCCAUUCCCAGAGCCCGCAGACCCCCUCCCUUCCCUGCCCCAGCCUCCCUGCCCCCACCCCCACCAGGUGGGGUCCCCAGGAGAAGUUGCCAAGGGUCUGGGGGAACAUUCAACCUGUCGGUGAGUUUGGGCAGCUCACGCAAACCAUCGACCGUUGAGUGGACCCCGAGGCCCGGAACUGCCAUCCACCUGUGGCGAACCCCCCACUUUCUUGGACCUGGGAGAGGUGUGGGGGGAGGCCAGUCCCUCCCACAGCGAAGGUCACAAUCAACAUUCAUUGUUGUCGGUGGGUUGUGAGGACUGAGCAGACCCACCGAGGGAUGAAUGUCACUGUGGCUGCAACGGCACAGCGGGGUGGGGGGGAUGUACCCCAGAGCCAUCCUGGUGUCCAUCAGGACCCCAGGAUUUGGGCUGGAUUUGGAGCAGAGGGGCCGCUCUCUGGCUCUGCUAACACCUUUUCCUAAAGGGAGUGGUGUGAAUGAAAGUGUGGGCUGAAUGAGUGAAGAAUAAUGUGCUCUUCUCUGGAAUGCAAACCUGAGCCCCACUUUCCCACUGCUGCCCCCCCCCCACACACACACACUUGGUCCUGAUAUCCAUCAGUUUGGCUUCUGGGCACACCCCACCUAGCCCGGGGGCACCCCUAUGUGUAUUGGCAAGGGGCAGGGCUAUGGGAUCUUCCUUCCACCCCUCCUCUCCCUGAAAUAGGGGUUCACCAGACAAUAGGUAUAAAAGACCCCACCUCAGGCCCUUGCCCUCUCAGCUGAAGCCCCCAGGCUCCCUGGCCCCGCCCCUCCCUGUCCCGGGAAGGAAGGAAGCAGUUACUAAGUUGCAGGCUCCUUUAGUGCUGGUCUGGGGGCUGCGUCAGCCAGCCAGCCUCCCCUUCACCCCAUGGGCAGGAAGGCCAGGCCUCCCACGGAGAAGGACAGACCUCUCAGAGCCAUCUGGGGGGGUUAAAGCUUCCCAGGAACCUAGUGUCUUGUUCCCCAGCCCUGAGCUGUUGCCCCUGGCAGGUAUAAGCCCCCCCCAGGGACAAUAUCUGCUUUGCAAGCCCCCAAGUGACAAUUACGAACCUCCCACUGGCUGCUCCUCCCCAAGCCCCUGGCAGAGGGAAGGAGGGAACUGACCCUGCAGACGGGUCUAGAGGUUGGGAGGAAGGUAGCACCCAGUCUUUUCCUGCCUCUUCCCUGCUUGCGUCCCAGCCAUGGGAACCUUCGAUCUGUGGACUGACUACCUGGGCCUGGCCCGCUUGGUGGGUGCUCUGCGCGAGGAAGAAGAGCCCAAGGUCAGGCUGGCCCCCCAGCCAGAGCCCGUCCCGGCAACAGGGCCCCCGAGGCCCUGCCCGGAGGCCUCCCCAGUGCCUGAGCGCCUGUGUUCCUUCUGCAAACACAAUGGCGAGUCCCGGGCCAUCUACCAGUCGCAUGUGCUCAAGGAUGAGUCAGGCCGGGUGCUGUGCCCCAUCCUCCGAGACUACGUGUGCCCCCAGUGCGGCGCCACCCGUGAGCGCGCCCACACCCGCCGCUUCUGCCCGCUCACCAGCCAGGGCUACACCUCCGUCUACAGCUACACCACCCGCAACUCUGCCGGGAAGAGGCUGGCACGGCCCGAGAAAGCCCGGAUGCAGGACGCGGGGCACCGCCGAGGAGGGGCAACUGCCGGAGGUGAAGGUCCCCGAGGAGCCGGCAAGCCUUCUGGACAUCCUGGACCCUCUUCCUGCUGUCCCUCCACUUCCACCUAGGAGGCCGCGGCGGGGAGCCGGGGCUGCCCUCUUGGCUGGAGCAGGGGGCUCCAGGCUUGCUGGAGGCUGGGUUUCAGGGACCUGCCCCCUCCUGGGCCCUCUGCCUGGGGGUCCGGCGAGGGAUGGGGUGACCGGCAGAGUCUGGGAGGGGGAAUGUGGUCCUCAGACACCCUGGACUUCCUCAGCCCAGGGUAUUCUCCAUAUGCUCAAUAAACACUUACGAUGGAUGCA